AUGACUUCUCUUUCAAUAUUUGGUCGAGUAGACCUUGUAAACGAGACUUACAGUCUUUCAUAUUCGAGCGAAUUCAGCGAGGAAUGGAAUGCGACUCUUUCACUGAUAACAGAAGCAUAUAGUGCAAUGAAUAUAACUUACAAUGAAUUAACGAUUAUUGAAAUUGAAAACGAUGCCGAAAUUCCUCUUAUAUUUUACGAAAUGAAAGUCAAAGAUAAAAGCUUGCCUUCACCAGUCAAUUAUAAGUUGACCGGAGAAAGUUUCAACAACUCAUUUAUCAACAAUGGAGAUGAAUGCGUGGGAACCCCGCGUAUAUAUGUGGAAAUAAUGGGACACGGUACUACUGAAUACACCUUUGCAUACCAUUUCAACUCCUCAUAUCCGGUAACCCGGGAUAACGUUGACAUCCACAUGUACAUAACACAGGAAGAUAGAUCGACCAUUACAAUUCCAGUAAUAUAUGCAGGAGAAAUGUUUGAUGAUGGUCCUCAAACUUCAAUAAACAUACAAGCGAACGGAGUCAUAACGCCUGGUUCUUCUAAUGACGAAAUUGCAACGUUGAACUUGAACACCGUGGCUGGACUUACUCCAGGAUUUCUUAUAAAAGACGUUCUAAAGGGAAGUGGUGUAAAGCUGUAUACAAGAUAUUUUAGUGCUCAAAAUUUAUCCUCAACUGCAAACACGGUUGAUCAUCUAUUUCAUUCUACAGAAUUGAAUGCCAGCGUUGUGAAUGAAACUGCAGAAGCUAUAACGUAUACUUCAUCAUCUGACGGAACAUCUGUGACGUUGAAUAUACCUUCUCUAGAAAAGACGAUUAGAUAUGAAAUAUUAGAUGAUAGUGGCACGGUGGUUGCUACAUUGGAAGAAGAAGAUAUCGAUGGAUCAGAUAUUUUAAAAAUACCCAUCGCCUCCAUGACAAAUGGUACGGAAGUGACCCUCGAGCUAAAUAUAAUGACACGACUUCAAGACGAUCAAACUGCUUUGGCAACUUCAUCAUAUGAAAUACGUGUAACACCAACUGCAACUACAGAGUCGGAUACAACUACAGCUGCAACUUCCCAACCAUCCACUACCGUUGCUGAACCAACCACAGCUGCAACUUCCCAACCAUCCACUACUAUUGCUGAACCAACUACAGUUGCAACUACCCAACCAUCCAUUGCCAUUACUGAGCCAACCACAGCUGCAACUCCCCAACCAUCCACUACCAUUGCUGAACCAACCACAGCUGCAACUUCCCAACCAUCCACUACCAUUGCUGAACCAACCACAGCUGCAACUUCCCAACCAUCCACUACCAUUGCUGAACCAACCACAGCUGCAACUUCCCAACCAUCCACUACCAUUGCUGAACCAACCACAGCUGCAACUUCCCAACCAUCCACUACCAUUGCUGAACCAACCACAGCUGCAACUUCCCAACCAUCCACUACCAUUGCUGAACCAACUACAGCUGCAACUUCCCAACCAUCCACUACCAUUGCUGAACCAACCACAGCUGCAACUUCCCAACCAUCCCCUACCAUUGCUGAACCAACCACAGCUGCAACUUCCCAACCAUCUACUACCAUUACUGAACCAACCACAACUGAAACUCCCCAACCACCCACUACCAUUACUGAACCAACCACAGCUGAAACUCCCCAACCAUCCACUACCAUUACUGAACCAACAACAGCUGCUACUUUCCAACCAUCCACUACCAGUUCCGAACCAAGCACAGCUGAAACUUCCCAGCCAUCCACUACCAUUGCCGAACCAACCACAGCUGCAACUUCCCAACCACCCACUACCAUCACUGAACCAACAACAGCUGCUACUUCCCAAUCAUCCACUACCAGUUUUGAACCAACCACGGCUGUAACUUCCCAACCAUCCACCGCCAGUUCCGAACCAAGCACAGCUGAAACUUCCCAGCCAUCUACUACCAUCACUGAACCAACCACGGCUAUAACUUCCCAACCAUGCACCGCCAUCACUGAAGCAACCCCAACAACAGCUAAACCAGCAACAGACUCAAUAGUCUCUACUACUGUAUCAGAAAGUAGCACUACGACUAUCAAUUCCCAACCAGUUUUACCUGUCUGGGGAUUAAUUCUUAUUAUCGUAAUUGGAAUCGGGUUACUUGGAGUUCCAAUUUAUUUUAUAGCCAGACAUUUCGAUAAUAAACAGAACGAUCAGGAAAAACCAAGCGUGGAAAUGUGGAAUGUCAAUGGCAACCAUAACAGAUGGGAUCCUGAAUUACGUAUCACACCAGAAGAAGCACUUCGUCAUCCUUUUAUAACCGGACAAUCGUCUGAGAAUGAACUUGAGGAAUACCCAAUACUCAUCCAACGAUUUAUAGGAAAAAUAUAACGUCAGAAUAUUCCAGUAAGAAGAGAUGACAAUACUCUAGCGCGUAUAGUUGGAGUAACAAGAGUCGUUCCUGAAAGCGUCGUUUUCCUGUAAAUGGUCGAAUGCAUCACGGGGAAGUAAAGGGACGUAUCAUAAUUAUUGAAUUCACCACAAACACUGCAAGCAUGAUUAAAAUAAGAUGUUGGGACAAUAGGAUUCUUAUGUUUGUUCUAUACUUUGUAUAAAUUACAUUGUUACAAAGAGACAUAAAUUUUACGAGAAGGCAUGGAAGAUUGCCUUAUCUCCUGGGUCAGAUCUGUAUUUAACAUCGUCCAAUGCCAUCGCCACAUGGUGAUCUUUAGCUAAGAUUUCCACCAAUUAGUCCUCAGUUCCACCAAUCAGUUUUUGUGUGAAAAAUCGACUUUGUUAUUUUUUACUUAUGCAAAUUAACGUAGUGAAAUUGUAAACGAACGAACACCGACAAUUGCAAGUGUCGUUAUGUAAAAUCUACUGUGCAGAUACUGCUAAUGAUUGAAACCCAAUUCAAAUUUUUCUUAUUUUUAUCCGGUAAAGGUUAAAAGCGGAAACAUUGCAUGUUGUUAUUAUGUCAAAAUAUUCAUUAUUUAUGCUUAUUAGUUGAUUUUUAAUUUGCAAUUCACUGAAUAUAUGAACAUUUCGAUACAAUUUUUUGUCCACCCGUGGUUACCAAGUGGGGCACAAUGUUAUAUAUAAAUAUGAAUACUCCCGAAGUAUGUGAACAAAGGUGGUGGACACCGGGACGUAGUAUGUGUACCAGGUUAAGGUUAGGCUAUAAUUUUAUUCAAUUUUCCUUAU